UCUCGAGUCAGCGGCGGAUUGUGAGACAGCCGGCGAAGAUGAAGACCAUCCUGUCCUCGCAGAUGAUGGAUAUCCCUGACGGCGUCACUGUGAAGGUGAACGCUAAGAUCAUGGAGGUGGAGGGCCCGCGUGGCAAGCUCACCCGCGACUUCAAGCAUCUCAAUCUCGACUUCGAGCUCAUUGAGGGCGGGAAGAAGCUGAAGGUGGAUGCUUGGUUCGGAUCUCGGAAGACUACGGCCGCCAUCCGCACCUCCUUAAGCCACAUUGAUAACCUGAUCACGGGGGUCACAAAGGGGUACCGCUACAAAAUGUGUUUGGUCUAUGCCCACUUUCCCAUCAACGCCUCCAUCACUCCCAACAACAGCUGCAUUGAGAUCAGGAACUUCCUUGGGGAGAAAAAGGUCCGAUCUUUUUUUUUUUUAUCCUUAUAUUCAUGGCAAUUUGCCAAGAUUAUAGAUGCAAAUAUUAAACAUUUGGAUUUGAUUUUUGGAGGAGCAAAAAAGGUGAAUGUAAGUCAUGUGAUUCACGAUUUGUCUUUUGGACCAAAGUAUCCAGGGAUCCAUAAUCCUCUUGAUGGAACUGCAAGGAUACUAGAUGAUACAAGUGGAACGUUCAAGUAUUAUAUAAAGAUUGUUCCAACGGAAUACAGAUACCUCUCUAAAGAAGUGUUGCCUACAAACCAAUUUUCUGUCACAGAAUACUUUGUGCCAAUGCGUGACUUUGAUAGGUCAUGGCCAGCUGUUUUCUUCUUGUAUGAUCUGUCACCUAUUACGGUGACAAUAAGAGAAGAACGACGUAGUUUUCUUCAUUUCCUAACUCGGCUAUGUGCCGUGCUUGGUGGCACAUUUGCUUUAACAGGUACAUGCUGAUC